AGUACAUGGUGAGGCUCUUGGGCCAGACAGGACUCUCCUUACACGAGACUCAAUCCUAUUGGUCAGAAAAAGUGGCCCCACUUCAGGGGCACUUCUUCAUAUUAAAGACACAGUUUCUCUUCUUAUUCUCAGUCACUCAACUGUCUUGCUUCUGCUCGUUUGAUUGCUGUCUCCUCUUCAGUUGCUCCAUCUCACUAUGCCUAGAGAGUGUGUAUCCCUUCACGUGGGUCAGGCUGGAGUCCAGAUAGGGAAUGCCUGCUGGGAGCUGUAUUGCCACGAGCAUGGCAUACAAACUGACGGUCAGAUGGUACCUGACACUGGAGUUAUUGGAGGCAACUCUUUUAGCACCUUCUUCAGCGAGACCAGGUCCGGGAAGUACAUACCAAGAAGCAUCUUUGUUGAUCUGGAGCCAACAGUCGUAGGUAAGAUUAUAGAGUUCUCCUAUUUUUCAUAAUAUUUCCUCUCUCUCUCUUCUUUACUAGAUGAGGUACGUACUGGUGAUUACCGCCAGCUGUUUCAUCCAGAGCAGCUGAUCACUGGCAAAGAAGAUGCCGCCAAUAAUUAUGCCAGAGGCCAUUACACAGUUGGAAAGGAGAUGAUAGAUGGGGUCCUUGACAGAGUCCGUAAACUAGCCGACCAGUGCACCAACCUUCAAGGGUUUCUGCUCUUCCGGUCGAUUGGCGGUGGGACUGGAUCAGGUUUUGGGUCACUGCUUAUGGAGCGCCUCUCUGUCGACUAUGGGAAGAAAUCAAAGCUGGAGUUUUGCGUGUAUCCUGCUCCAAAGGUAGCUACAGCAGUGGUUGAGCCAUACAACGCUGUCCUCACUACUCAUUCCACAAUGGAGCACUCUGACUGCACUUUCAUGAUGGACAAUGAAGCUACUUUUGACAUAUGUCAGGAUAACCUUGCAAUAGAGCGUCCUUCAUACUCUGAUCUUAACAGGCUCAUAGCUCAAGUUGUCUCCUCUACUACAGCUUCUCUUCGAUUCGAUGGAGCACUAAACGUUGAUCUCACAGAGUUUCAAACGAACCUCGUUCCAUUCCCACGGAUUCACUUCCCAUUGGUGACGUAUGCUCCUAUCAUAUCUGCAGAGAGGGCACUCCACGAGCAGUUCACUGUGACCGAUAUCACCACUGCCUGCUUUGAUCCUUGCCAUCAAAUGGUCAAGUGUGACCCACGUCACGGGAAGUACAUGGCCUGCUGCCUCCUCUACAGAGGAGACGUGGUACCCAAAGAUGUCAACGUGGCCAUUUCUAAAAUUAAGACAAAGCGUACAAUCCAAUUUGUGGAUUGGUGUCCCACUGGAUUCAAAGUUGGGAUCAAUCACCAGCCCCCAACAGUAGUUCCAGGUGGUACUAUUGCUAAAGUCCCUCGUGCUGCCUGCAUGCUCUCCAACACAACAGCCAUAGCUGAGGCUUGGAGUAGACUAGAUCACAAGUUUGAUCUGAUGUAUUCCAAGAGAGCCUUUGUCCACUGGUUCGUCGGUGAAGGCAUGGAAGAGGGAGAGUUCACUGAAGCUAGGGAAGACCUCGCUGCCCUAGAGAAGGAUUACGAGGAGGUUGGUUUGGACUCCAACGAUCAGUCGGAAUGCGAGGAAUUUUAGAAAGUAUAUACUGGACUUUGUUUAUGGACAUUUCUUUUUAGUUUCUCUUUUGAUAUG